UUAAGAUCUCAGACACAAAACAAUAAUAAUUUAUAAAAUAUGAUAUGGGAUUUUUUCAAAUAAAACUACCCAGCAGACUAUACUAGUUAAAAUGAGCUUCAAAUAAUGAUUGUGUGUUAAUGCAUAAGAGCAUGUUGCUAAUUUUGCAUAAGCAAAAUUCAAGCCCAGCAUCAUUAUUUGUGAUGGAGUAUUUACAAUAUAAUAUUUGGCACAUUUGCCAAAGUAAACAAUGUGAACACUUUAUUCAUCAGUGUUUAUAAUCUUGAAAAUUCUUGCCAUAUUAAUGUAAAUUAGGUCAUGACUAUAUCUCCUCUGCGAGUGUAUUUUACUUUGUAUUUGUAUUUUAUCUCUUUGUAGCUUUCAGCAUAAUCACAUGAUCUUAAACAAUGAAUCAAGUUUACUAAAUACUGGUGGAGAUGAACCUGAUGGGCAGUUUGGACCUCUAGACCUGAAGCUUUCAUAAGCUCUAACUUGGCAUACGUUUGAGAGCCCCAGGAUAAAAAAAAUGCUUGUAGGUGGUAGCACUCAAUCCCUGACCCUCGCUCUAUUUUUUCAUAAACAGAUUAUCCCAACAAUGUUUAAUUUUGCCCAUUCAUUCAGCCCACAUGUGUCAACUGGUUCAGCCACGUCACAACUCUGCGUGACAGUGACAAAACAGCUUCUGGCGAAACUCGCUCUCCUAAUAGUGUUGUUUCCCAGAAACAAUGCACCGUUUGUUUUGAGACUAUGGCAAGCAUAAUCCCUACACUUGGAUUAUAGUGGCACCGAGACAAGCAAGUUGGGCAUUUUGUGGUCAGACCAAAGAGCAACUGACCACCUUUAAUCUAAUUAGCAUCAUGUGUAAUAGUCAUUGUACAACAUCACCAAAUAAGAGCAGCUCACUGUUAGUUGGUCUGCAGUAAACAUUAUUAAUAGCUUCAUUCUAGUAGUGCAUUAUGUCAGAAAACCAUUAUUUAAUCAAAAAUAUAGUGGAAAUAUUUUCUUCAAGUUAAAGGUCCUUCUGGUAAAUUUAGCACUCAUAGUGGCUCCUUUAAAAGUCUAAAAAUGUGACACAUAUAUAACCAAGGCUGUCAGUUUGUACGUGCCUUUAAUGUGGCUCCCACAGAUUCUAAAUCAUUUUCUAUUAGUCUAAACGUAAUGUUCUUCUGUGGUCUUAUGUGUUGCAUCAGUGCUGAAAUAUAACGCACGUAGUGUGACUUAAACAUCUGAACAGUUGACACAACUGUAAAAAAAAAAUAAAAAUCACACGUGUUCUUGCAACACUUUUGCCAAGCAUGGUUCUCUGCAAUACAUAUUCUCUGCAAUAAAUCCGGUUUGAGGGGGGCAGCCAUUGGGUCAAACACAGGAUAUUGGCACAAUGGGAUUUUUGUUUGCGGUGUGACAUGAUUGGCCAGGAGAUUUGUAGCAACUAUGAGGUGGACCAGACGGAUAAAUACCCCAAAGCCACUGAGAGAUUCAGAGGCUUCCAGUUCAGAAGUGGCCGGUGAGUUUGCUUUGUGUGUUGCCAUAACGAGGAGGAACCAUGGUCAGCCGAUUUGAACACCCAGCUGGUGGCUACAGGAAGAUUUUUGAGACAUGUGAGGAGCUGGCUGAGAAUCUUCCAGCAACAGUCACAGGUAGGAUUCCUUCAUUUCUGAAGGGAAGUCUUCUCCGUUUGGGACCUGGACUCUUCGAGGUUGGAGAUGAGCCUUUCUAUCACCUCUUUGAUGGCCAGGCCCUGAUGCACAAGUUUGACUUCAAGAAUGGCCAGGUCACCUACUUCCGAAAGUUUGUCAGAACAGAUGCCUACGUGCGAGCCAUCACAGAGAAGCGUGUGGUGAUCACUGAGUUUGGUACAUUUGCAUACCCUGAUCCCUGCAAAAACAUCUUCUCCAGGUUUUUCUCUUACUUCAAAGGUGUCGAGGUCACAGACAACUGCUUGGUGAACGUCUACCCUGUUGGUGAGGAUUUCUAUGCUGUAACAGAAACCAACUACAUCACUAAAGUAAACCCUGAUACACUGGAGACGCUGAAGAAGGUGGAUAUGUGCAACUAUAUCAAUAUUAACGGGGUGACGGCCCACCCUCAUAUUGAGAGAGAUGGGACUGUGUAUAACAUCGGAAACUGCAUGGGAAAAGGAGCAACGCUGGCCUACAAUAUUGUCCGGAUCCCACCCACACAGAAAGAUAAAUCUGAUCCCAUUGAGAAGUCCAAGGUGGUGGUGCAGUUCCCCAGCCAUGAGAGGUUCAAGCCCUCCUACGUGCACAGCUUCGGCAUGUCAGAGAACUAUUUUGUCUUCGUGGAGACUCCAGUGAAAAUCAACCUGCUGAAGUUCCUGAGCGCCUGGAGCAUCCGUGGCUCCAACUACAUGGACUGCUUCGAGUCCAAUGAGAGCCAGGGGACCUUGUUCCACAUUGCCAGGAAAGACCCGGGAGAGUACAUCGAUCACAGGUUCAAAGGAGCACCCAUUGGCAUGUUUCACCACAUCAACACCUAUGAGGACCAAGGAUUCGUUGUUGUCGACCUGUGUGCAUGGAAAGGUUUUGAGUUUGUUUACAACUACCUGUGGUUGGCGAACCUGAGAGCCAACUGGGACGAGGUGAAAAAGGCGGCCAUGAUGGCGCCCCAACCGGAGGUGCGCAGAUACGUCAUUCCCUUGGACAUCCACAAGGAGGAGCAGGGGAAGAAUCUUGUGAGCCUUCCAUACACCACAGCUACAGCCACGAUGCACGCUGACGGGAUGAUCUGGCUGGAGCCUGAGAUACUGUUCUCUGGACCACGCCAAGCCUUUGAGUUUCCUCAGAUUAACUACGAGAGGUACGGAGGGAAGAACUACACCUACGCCUACGGCCUCGGGCUCAACCAUUUCAUUCCAGACAGGAUCUGCAAGUUAAACGUGAAGACCAAGGAGACCUGGGUAUGGCAGGAGCCAGACUCCUACCCCUCAGAGCCCCUGUUUGUUCAGACUCCUGAGGCGGUGGAUGAGGAUGACGGAGUGUUGCUUACCAUCGUGGCGGCUCCUGGUUCCCAGAGACCUGCAUAUCUCCUCAUCCUCAACGCCAAGGAUCUGUCUGAAGUCGCCAGAGCAGAGGUGGAGUGUUCCAUUCCUGUCACCUUUCAUGGGAUGUACAAACCGUAAUCAUGCAUCUCUUUGGGUAUCGACAAUAAUCGGCCAUUUCUUGGUUAUCAAUUGCCACUUAGUAUUAAAACAGUAAAGACAAGAAAUAUUAUCGGGUCAGAAAAAAUAAAGUUGUUUUUGUUGACAAAAAAAAUAGUUACGUCCUCAUUUGUGGCUAGUGCACAUUGUUGGAUCCCUUCUGAGCUGCGAUAUGAGAGAAUGGAUUUGAGGUUGCACACGCAUAAUUCAUGGUUGCAAAGGUAAAUGUGUCAAUAAAAACACACUUUUCUGUUUUGUAUUGA